GUUCACCGCAUCUAGUGACAGCGCCAACCGAUAUUUAGUCCCCAAUACGACGAAGACGGCACAUCUACUCCCCGCACCGACUUAGGCUCAUGCGUACUCCCUCCCUCCACUGGGCAAGGCGACUCUCGUCCCGUAUAUCUAUAUUUGGUAUACUGCGGAUCAAGUCCUGCGCGUAUGCGGGAGACACGUCCACUGGGAAUGCUGAGCAUCCCGAAGAUCCGGAAACUCCUCGGCUUCUCCCCAAGGGACCGCCAUCCUUACAGUUGCCGCUCGAGCUGUGGUCCGAAGUCUUCUCGUAUCUGGAAGCCGGGGACCUCGCAGGCGUGGCACGCCUAUGUAUCCCGUUGCGAGAAGAAGCUGAAAAGGUCCUCUAUCGCUCUGUGUCGCUCACGAGCUACAAGAUUGUACUGUUCCAUCGCACCAUCUCGUCCUCUCCGCGCUAUGCCGCUCUCGUCCGCUACGUCGAGGUCUUCAUCUACGAAGAGCUGGAUCCCCAUAUCCCUGAAUGUCUUGCGCAAACACUAGCCGCGAACAUGCCCCUACGAUACCUCUCCAUAUGUGGCUCAAGGCGCGCAAUGUGGGAUCACGCGAUCAUCCGAUACUGCAAGACCAUCUUCGACAUUCGCUUCCCGGAUCUCCACGGCUUCUGCACCAACCUAUCCCAGACGAUGUUCCCAGGGAUCCUCGACUUCGUACAAGCACAUCCUGGCCUGAAGGAGCUGCAUAUGGAGAUGGAGGAUCUGCGCCUUCCGACAAAUCUGCCGGUAUCGCCGUCGGUUCAGAAGCUCACCUGCUUCCCUCGCUUCGUCAAAGGCCGGCUCUUGCAUGGAGGCCUGAGGGACCUCACGCAUCUCCAUCUCGGACGAUUCUCUUACGGUGACCUCAAGGUCCUCGCGGAGACCCUCGGCGCUCAGCUCGUUAGCCUCCGAUUGGGUACCCAGGUCAACGCGUCUCCCAUCAAGCCGUGGACCAUAGGAGACAUCGGUACCAAGUUCCCCCGUCUCCGCUUCGUCCAAGUCGACAUGGGCAUGCACACGCUCGGCCCCGGUAUGCGCAAUCGUCCCAUUGACUGGCAGGCGAAGUCGGAAGCGAAGUGCACGCCCCCUCCGGCCCCGAGCGAGCUCACGAUCGUAUGGACAUACCCACAUCAGGAUGGUGUUAUCCUUUCCUCAGCGGCGGCCUGGCAUCUGUUUCUCAACAAGGUCGCCUUCGAUGUGCUUGUGCAGUGGACUCCGUACGUCCGUCGCAUCGUGUAUCGCCACACGAUCAUUCCGUAUGUGUCAGCGACGCUCGACCAAGAUCACACGCGAUUGGUGAAGACGAAGGAUGUCGAGAUGUCUGCCGAAUACUGGAAGUAUGUGUAGGAUAGGAUACCACAUGUCAUCCCCGCUUGUGCAUAAGCAAUCAAAGAAUUCGC